AUGUCCUCCGGGUCACCUCCCCAGACACUUUUGGCAUCCGAAUCCGAAUCUUCACGAGCCACGUCUGGCAAACGCCCCUUGACCAGAACCAGCGAGGAAAUACAUGACGAAAAUCGGCGGAAAGACCCUAAAAUCAGCAGGGCCUGCGACACUUGCAAGCGAAAAAAGAUCAGAUGUGACGGUACACUUCCAUGCAACAACUGUGCCAGGAGGAAGCUCAGUUGCGCGUAUGACGCCAAAUAUGGUCGAGGGCGGCCGCCGACUCCACAGUCUUCAACCGCGACGACCGAUCACCGGCAGGAACAAGCGGACCGACCGGUUGAACUUGACGCCUGGAAUCACCAACAACCCAUUAAUUACAAUGUUUCAACUCCACAGGUUGAGUCUCGCGCUUCGCCCGAACAAGAGGUCGAGGGUCAAUAUUUUGACCCUACCUCGGGUUUGAACUUUCUGCAUCGCGCGUGGAAGAAAUUGUUAGUUCAAAAGGAUGAUUCGACAUCCCAUGACUCUCAUGAGACAGAGCGAACCCAACCACUUACUUCGGCCGGGGAUCGGCCGUUUCGUAUUGAUGAUGACCCGUCAGAAAGCUUCAUGCCGGAUGCUUCAGCGGCGAGAAAGCUACAGGAAUUCUAUUUUGAAACAUGUGUGGUCACCUAUCGAGUACUACAUCAACAGACAGUUGAGAGAUGGAUGGAGGUGUUUCUCAAGGACCAGCAAGAUGGAAGGCCAUUGAACUGGUCACUUGGCAGUUCAAGGACUGCAAUUCUUCUUACCAUAAUGGCCAUCGCAACCCUGCGCCAUGAGAAAGUGAACAAAAGCAACACACAGGGCGAGGUGAAUACCUUGCGACAAAGUGAUCGAUUGUUCUGCGCCGGUACGAAACUUAUCGAUAGCGAGAUGGGAUUUCCGCGCCUCGAGUCAGCACAGGCCCGCUUGAUUCAGGUUCUCUAUCUUCUUCAGACGGCUCGUAUGAAUGAAGGCUGGUACAAAUUUGGAAACCUAUUUCACAUCACACUCUCGAUGGGCAUGCACAGGAGACGCGAUCAGAAACGGGAUUUCCCUUUCAACAGCAAGCGCCAGAACUACAUCUCUUCGGAGUGCUUCAAACGCACAUUUUGGGUUGCCUACAUAUUGGAUAAAUACCUGAGUGUGGUUUUCGGUCGACCUCGACUUUAUCAGGAUGAAGACAUUGAUCAGAACUUUCCAGAUAGCGUGAACGACGAAGAUAUGAUGCCUCAAGGACCUACUGCUUCGGACGAUUCUACCGACUGCUAUAUUGAUGGUCUCAUAUCCCACGCACAGAUUGCGCGUAUAAUAGGAACAGUAUCACGAGAAGUAUACUCGGUCAACGAUCUGUCUCACGAACACCGCCUGGCAGCUGCCCAUCGGCUAGGCCGCGAGCUCCACGAAUGGCGCGCAAGCCUACCACCACAUCUGGGUACUGUGAAGCCAUCUACAUUGAUUCCCAAUUUCCGACGUCAAGCCAUUGCUUUGCAGCUAGCAUAUUUCCAUGCUCUCAUCCACACCAAUCGGCCCUUCCUAUUGAGUGAAGCAGCACCGGAAAGUGUCACCGAGUGUUUGUCUGCCACCAAAGCCAGCCUAGAGCUAGUCAACAAGAUGGCAGGGGACACCACGUUACUGUAUUCAUUUUGGUGGACACAUUAUGUGAUAUUUUGUGCAUUGGCAGUGGUCUAUGUCUGGGAAAUCCAACGUACUACACGGCCAACCUAUGCAAUGGAUGAUGAAAGCCUGGGACCACUCUUUGAUCUUGCAGAGAGAUGCCGCGUUCAUCUCAACGGAGCAUCUGCAGGUGUUUCCCCAAAUCAACGCUACAGCGUAAUACUCGAUGAACUGAGGUCCGAAGCUUUGAGAUGUCGUCUCAUGAGGCACAAUCCACAUCAUACUAUCCUCCAGAAUGGUAAUCAAGACGUUGAGGUCAACACAAACUUAGACUUUGGAUCCUCGUCAGUGCAGAACGCAGACCUGCUCGGGUCUGAUGCACAAGUUUUGCUCCAGGAGGAUGCAAUGACGAACGUACUGGACGGUUUUCUGUUCAGCGAUUGGCAGACUCUUGACUCAUCGGCUUUCUUUCCACUACCAGACCCAGACUCUGUUUCCCCGACUUGUUACCCCGCAAUUACCUAA